AUGCCUUUGAGCGGAUUAAAGGGUAAAACGGCGGGCAGUUCGGCACCUAAUGCGUCUGCCACAACAAGCACUUCAGGCAAACCUGUGGUAGACACUGACGAUAUCGACGAAAAUGACGAAUCGGGACAAAGUAUCUUGCUAGGGAUAAUUUCACAGCUCAAGCCUGGCUGCGAUCUUUCGAGAAUUACUUUGCCGACUUUUAUCUUGGAAAAGAAGUCUAUGCUCGAGAGAAUAACAAAUCAACUUCAGUUUCCUGAUAUGCUUUUAAGUGCUCAUGAGGAAAAAGACGAACUGGAAAGAUUUGUCAAGGUGGUCAAGUGGUAUCUUUCCGGCUGGCAUAUAGCCCCGAAAGCUGUUAAGAAACCCUUGAACCCUGUUCUUGGUGAAUACUUUACCUGUUAUUGGGACCUUCCCAAUAAGCAGCAAGCUUUCUAUUUUUCUGAACAAACCAGCCACCAUCCACCUAAAUCCUCGUACUUCUAUAUGAUCCCUGAGUCAAACAUAAGAGUUGAUGGUACGACUAUACCAAAAUCCAAAUUUUUGGGAAAUUCUACUGCAGCAAUGAUGGAGGGCCUCACAGUGCUUCAAUUUCUAGACAUAAAAGGUCCUGAUGGUAAACCCGAAAAGUACACAUUAAGUCAACCAAACAUGUAUGCUAGAGGCAUUCUUUUCGGGAAAAUGAGGAUAGAACUUGGUGAUCAUAUGGUCAUCAAGUCUGAGAAGUACAAAGUGGAUAUUGAGUUCAAAACGAAAGGUUUCAUUUCUGGGACCUACGAUGCUAUUGAAGGUGUUGUAAAAGAUCGCGCAGGAAGUGAAUACUAUGAGAUCUCAGGCAAGUGGAACGACGUCAUGUACAUUAAGGAUUUGAAAAAGAGAACAGCGAAGACCAUAUUGUUCGACGCCACUAAAGCACAGCCAUUAAAACCACAGGUGCGGCCUAUAGAGGAACAAGGCGACUUCGAGUCUAGAAAACUUUGGAGGAAAGUGACAGCCGCAUUAGCAAAACAGGAUCACACUACAGCUACGGACGAGAAGUUUGCCAUCGAAGACGAGCAACGUCAGUUGGCGAAGAAAAGGUCCGAGGAAGGCACACAGUUUCACCCCAAGCUUUUCAGACCUGCCGACCCCGGUGAUGAUUUGGAAUAUUACAUCUAUAAAAAAAUACCUUCGGACGGAUCUCAUGAAGAUCAGAUUAGAGCCAUUUUGGAAAUAGCUCCUGUUUUGCCAGGUCAGCGGUUCACGGAAAAGUUCGGAGUAUCAGGGCACGAGAAACACCAGAUUCAAAACCAAGCUGGGACGGCAGAUUGA